AGAGAGCGUGUGAGCAUUUAGUCCUGCCAGCGCACGAUAGUGCAACAUCAACGGAAGACGGGAUAAAGAAGCUCUGAGCGAGGGACAAGGAAAACAGAGGAAUACACUUCUGAAGAAAAACAAAGAGGGGAUGGAAUAAAAAAUCGCAUCCUACUGCUGUUGGUUAUCCUGUUUCAUCCAAUUUCUGUUGGAGAAUUCCAUAAGCAAAGAAAUAGAGAAAACACAUACAUGUGAUAUAUAUAUACAACUCCUAUACAUAUAUAUCAAAUUAUGCCUGUUUUCACACAAGCUGCUUUUGGGGAAGGACUGUGUUGAGGUCCCUUACAUAACAAUUGGAAGACUGUUUUAAUGUGCAGCAUUUGGUAAAACUGUUGCAUAUUAAUGCUUUGGCUUUUUUGUCUCAAUGGAAAAAACAAUGCAAUGAUGCAAAUGAACAUGAUAAAAGACCACAAACAGCUUUGCUGCAGUCCCAUUUUUGGAGGCUUCUUGAAAACAGGAUUUUGCAUUGCCUUUUGUUGCCGCCUCUCCAGUUAUUUAGCCCUUGGAACAGGUGGGGGAGUUGAGGCUUGGGUGUGUUGAAUGCAUGGACCGCAUUCCACAGGCUCAGUAAUACCUUCCCGUAUUCACAGCAGUAACGCAGCAGAAAACCUGCUCUUUAGUUGUGUCUGAAAGAGAGAGAGGUAAGUGAGGAAGAGAGGAAAUCAGAGCAAGAAAAACAAACAAAAAAGGCAGCAGAGAGGGAUUAUGGAGUCUUGGUAAAUAAAUGAAGACAAGGAAAACAAGGGACCAAAACAAAUAAAGCAACUAACGAUUGACUACAGUAAAGAAGUGCGACACUCUACUCAGAAAUGUAAUUACACCGCAUGUUCGCUCAAAAGUGAGCUUCUCAUAAAUUUAGACUAGGGAGGACUGGACUAGACUCCACAGGCUGGGGGGAUUUUUCAGCACGCUGCCCUUCUCAUUCCCCAAUCCCCUGCUUGGUAGCACUUGUGGGGUUCUAGUUGUCAAGCAGCAGAGCUGUAUUGGUGACCCCAUCUUUUCAGAAUCCCUCUCAGGUGUGGUGUGGAGCCGAUCUGACAGCACCAAGAGAAACCCACAACAACAGAAAGUGACUGGACCCCCAUCCCUCAAAAUCCAUUAAGCCAAACUGACACUGACGGAGCACUGUCGCCUAUGGAUUUGAGUGUGUGUGUGUGUCUGUGAGAGGGUGUGUGUGAGUGUGUGAGAAAGGCUGCCUGCCUCAGGUGCUGAGGACUGCUUUUUAAUCUGGACUAAAUCAUCAUGGGAUUUUAGUUUAGAUCUCAUAGGACAAUAUUGAAGAACUGCAGGCUGUGCUUUUGCUAGAGGGGGUGGAAACAAAAACCAACAUACUUUUUUUCUGGCAUAAUAUAAUAUUGAAGACCAAUUGUAGAAUAGCAUCUAACUGGAAUUGCACGUCUGGAAAGGGAAGGAAUGAGAGCAGCAUGUUCCACUGAGCAAAGGGAUUCAAAAUGGCUAUAACAAAAAUAAGAAAGAAUCAAAUGAACAUUCAGUUGAAGACCAGGCAGUUGCUAGAGGCAAGAUAAUCUGAGUGGGGAAUAUCAACAACUCCCAUAUUUAUAGAUUAUGACAAGUGGAUUAUCUAGAAGUUCCAGUGCUUUGCAGUUUCCCCCACUUCAGCAUUGAUUAAUGCUUGGCAGGGCAAUUAUCAAAAUCUGUGUGUCCCUCUCCUAAAUGAAGACGUUUACAGAAAGGAGCUUGGAUCCGUGAGGAAUCUGCUUUUCCACUGGCACUGUUGGGAUUCCAAAUCUCUCUGGUUUACGGAUUACACCUUCUCUAUUGGGGGGAAGAUUUUUUUUAAAUGCCACGGGCCAGUUCAUUUCUGGGUGACACCUCCUAAACUGGAGGUGCUCCAGAUUUCUGGAUUUUGGAUCACAUCUGCUGUUAACAUUUGGCAGAAAAGGGCAGUAUUUUCGCAACGCUGCCAGUACUGUGUGUCUGAGUCUGGGACUGAAUCACUGGGGACUCAUUCGUGAGGAGCAGGUUGAGAUUCGAGGUUGAUUUGUUUCACUUACUUGCUCAUCCCCCUUCUUCAUGGUCAUUUAUUACUUCACACUGAGCCUCCUGUAACUGUGUGCCGUAAUAACUCUUAGCAAGGUAAUUGAAAGCUCUUAUUCUUUCAGGCAGUUGCUGUGAAUAUAGGCUAAUCCAUAAACUCUCAACUCCUUUUCAAAUCUCUAGUGUGUGAAAUACCUAAAAGGCUAUUUUUCCAUGUCAGUUUUUUGGGACCAGUAAGAAGCCUGCAUUUCUGAAGUUGGUGUUUAUUGGUCUGCACCAGCUUUGAGACACUUCAGCAACUGAACAGAAGCAGCAUCCACGGGUAUCCAACAUGGCUGCCCAUUCUGUGCUUAUCUGCCUCGCCUUUAGCUUUCUGCUGGGCUUCACUUCACUGGGCCAGAACUCUAGGCAGGCUGGGGCCGAUGCCCAGGCCACCAACCAGACGGCAUCCCCCUCUGAUUCUCCGGAGGCUACGCUGGCCACUCCGGUGGCGGAGGACCAGACCAUCCCAAUGAUAGGCAGCCGCUGCCGGGGCUACUACGACGUCAUGGGCCAGUGGGACCCGCCGUUCAACUGCAACGCGGGCGUCUACCUGUUCUGCUGCGGCUCCUGCUUUUACCGCUUCUGCUGCCAGUUCAAGGUGCACAGCCUGGAGCAGGAGUCCUGCUCCAACUACGACACGCCCGUCUGGGCCAACACCGGCAAGCCGGCGGCCCCCGUCACUGAGGUGCAGGAGGAGCCCGACCGAGACCGCACCCACAUGAUCGUCUACAUCAUCUGUGGCGUGGUGGCCAUCAUGGUGCUGGUGGGCAUCUUCACCAAGCUGGGUCUGGAGAAGAGCAGAGGCGGCCAGACAGACAUGACCAACUCUAGGGCCUUGACAGAGUUGUUGAAGCAGCCCGGAGAGGUAGGCGGAGUGGACGGGACCGGGGGUCACCACCCCAUAGGGACCAAUGGGAUCUCUGGCAGGUCACUGCGCAGCAACAAUGAUCACAACCACCUGAAUAACGCUGCCCUCUCACCCCUGGGUCCAGCGAUGGCGCUCUCCCACCCUCACAACAACCUUGGUCUGGGCUUUAACAAGUGCACCUCCCUCAAGGCUGUGGGGGUUUGGCCACUGGAUAACAGAGCUCUUACUGUAUCUGAACAAAGGAGGACAUUGUUGAGGUCUCUGGGGGUACCAGCAGAUACGGCAGCAAGGGACUACUACAAGGGCUACCCCAUGGUGGACUACUCCCGCCAUCACUCCUCGCCCCCCACCUUCCAGCCCAUCGCCUUUCACAAGGACAAGCCCUUCCUGCCCCCUCCAGACAUCCACGCCCCACUGGCCAUAACCAUCACCGCUGCCCAGCUCCCCAAGCCCAAGACCAACACCCACCCGCUUACCUCCAGCUCGGCCUUCAAAGUCUGGGACUCCAGUAAGGGCCAUGUCCAGCAUCCAACGGCCUCCCACAUCGUGCAGGCACAGCAGCAGCAUCCGCAGCAUCCGCAACAUCCGCAGCAUCAGCAGCAUCAGCAGCAUCAGCAGCAUCAACAACAUCAACAGCAUCAACAACAUCAACAGCAACUACAUCAACAGCCCAACAGCCGCCGGCAGGUCUACUCCAACAAGCGGCAGUUCAGCAUUGAGACGCUCCCGGAGCUCUUCUCCCAGCCCCUGGGCUAUGGACAGUCGCCCCACAUGCACCCCAAAAACAAGGGGCUGCCCACCAACAGCAAGACAGAGGUCACAGUCUGAGCAUGGACGUUUGAAGAGCAGGAGAGCAAGAGAAGAGUGUAUAGGACUGGGAGGAAGGCCUGGGUGCGUAAGCUUUUUGUACGAAUCAAUGUCGUGUCGAUGGCUAGGGGGACGAACAGGGACAAGCAAUCUACUUUUGCUAUUUUAAUUCCAGGUUUUCUUCGCUAUUGAUCAUGUAUAUGUAACACCCAAAACGGAAGAUAACGAUCACAUGAAGUGACUCGCUCUCUCUCUAGACCUGGUUCCCUUAAGUUCCCUCCCUGUCCCAGCAUCCUCCCUGUUUUGUUUUGGUCAAUCUCCUCUUUGCUCCCCCUGGCACCACUACUCUACAAACCCCCACCCCCCACACACUCACACACUCUCCUACUGUUAGCAGCCUGUCAGAGUGGCACACAUGGGUAAAGCACCCCCAGGACCCUUAACAACAGCAGGGACAAUGCCAUUGUCUUGUCAGCUCCCAUCACCCUCCACCCAGAACAGAGUGUGAUACCAUUCUGGCAAAUCUGUACCAGUGAGAGAGAAGGAGAGGGAGAGAGAGAAAGAGCGGGAGAGAGAGAAAGAGCGGGAAAGGAGGUGCUUGUUUAUUCAUCCUGGAGCAUAAGGGAUGAGGAACUAAACCGGACAGAGUUUUGGUGCGGCAAGCACCUCCUGUUUGUCACCUGCUUGAGAAGAGCCCUGAAGCUUCAGACCCCCUGGUCGUCAGAACUGGGGAAUCUCACACAGUGGUUGUGUCUGGAGACCCCUGGGGAUCGUCAGCAUCCACGUCUCUCAGUGUUGUGUUGUUUGUUGUUGUUGUCUUAAUCGGUAACGCAUGCAUCGGAAAGGGCAAACGGCACAGUUCUCGGCAAGGUCACCACAGUCGUGUUAAAUGGAACCGUCUGUGUUAGUGAAACUUCAGCGGAGGCUAGACGCAAAUCGCAAGGGACAAUGGGCGCCUGCAAGAGGGCAGGACAGGUCACUGUGUCUGUCCCGGGUAAUAUGGUGCAUAAUUUAUUUUGAAAUCUUAGCUUUGGCUUGGUGUUGAAGAAUUUGUCCAAACAUGAAUGCAAGAGUCAGGAUGGAAGAAAAAUCAAACACAUAGUAUUUUAUUAAAGUAUGUGUUCCAGACUGGCAGCAAAUCAUGUGAUGCAUGCAUAUAUUAUUGUAAUAUUAACAUAGGCUUUAAUCUGAUUAUUUUGUUGAAUGCCAGUGUAUGGUUCAUCUAUAUGUAUAAUGAGUCACUUUAAAGGCAGUUGGGUUAAAGCUAGUGGUUAAACAUAAAGUUACAGUAAGUCUAUCAUUUUACACUUGACCGCAAGGUACAAUAUUUGCAUGGAACUCUGAUACUGUCUAAGUUCACACAAGUUCCGUCCUUCACCGUACGUUUCAGUGGACUCUCCUGUUAAUUAGCCCAAGCCUCAAGCUUAAUUUAUUAUCAUAAGUAAACAGGUUAUGCCGCAGUGCAUUCCUACGCCCAGCACAUGCUAGACAGGUGGAACCGUAUCAACGGGUGGCAGCCAGUCAGUCGUGUUUACUACAGUCACACACCAUUUGCUGCUAGCUCCUCCCCACCAAACAGCUUCCAGCCUAUUCCUGAGCUCCACCAGACCCCCUUCCCUCUGCUCUCCCUUUCCCCAGUGGGGUUGACUUAUGGUGGAGCCUCCAGCGUGCAACCCCUGCAUGGUCUUCCAAGCUGUUCCCAGCCUCAGAGGGGGUGCAGCCAGAAUUAAUGAUACCCAAUCCCCAGCAUGGCAGGACCUCACACAUUCUCACACACUAGGUGUGCAUGGAGUGGAGCAGGGAUUUCACACUGUUAAAUUAUUCCCAUUCGGAGAUUCAUUUGGCUGCUAUUGUCGAGACAUUCUGUGUUACGGACAGACACCAAGUGGUUUCACUGUAGUCUAUGUAGCAGCAUGAUAUGGAAUAGCGAUUUAUAGGACAUUUGAAUUGAUUUCAACUACGUGCAGCCGGUGGAUGAAGAAAAGUAAAUCAUAAAAAUAGAGAAGUGUUGGGAUAUGCAUAGUACAUGUAUAAAUAUGCAUCAUGCACAUCUGCACACAUAGCUACCAUAUGCAGCAUGCACGCUCACCAUUUACCUUUCUCCAACUUCAAUUCGUAAAUGAGGGGGGUUACACACAAUGAUUCUUAGCUUAACAGCCCAGCCAUAUAAAGUAUUCUAUGGACUCUCUCUUUUAUCAUUCAGGAUGCAUUAGUGGUUGUGAACAAGCAAUGGAUGUGUGCAAGUAACAAGCAAUAUGUUCUGUCUGCAAAGCAAUAAGUACCCAUCUGUCUGCAAACCCUCUCUCUGGGGUCUGUCUCUGGACCAUUCUGGAGGCCUUUAAAUGUAGGGGGCUGAGGUGGGAGCAGAGCUGCAUGGACCCUGAGUUCUUUUUUGUUCUUUUUUUUGCGAUUCUCUGGCUCUUCUGAAAGAUAUUUGGGACUAUUUUCUCAGAAACCAGACCACUGAGCUUUUCACUGAGCUUAGUGAAAUUCUCUCUUCUCUCUCCUCCUGCGCUUCUCUGGCAGAUGAAGUUGCAUUACCGAAUCAGAACUCUGAGAACCCUAUCCACUCAGAAAAAAAGCUUGAUUAGCUCUCCAUUACCUUUUGCUAUUGGACGGAUUAAAAUGUUAUUUUAGCAAGGCCAUACUAAAGAAAACAAAAACCUACAAGCAGUUAUCAGGGCUGGCCUGCAAGAGUGGACACCUCUGAAACCCGAUCUGAGCUCUACAGGCUGCAGGCACUGGGAUAGUGUUGCUAACGCUAGCUGAACGAUGCAGACGUUGUGACACAUGGAUCCUCCAGGCUCCAGGGAGUCUCCCUGAGGAGGUUGAGCCUCUGGGAGGCCUCAAGGACAAACACAGCCUGGGGCCAAGCUGACAGCUAACGAGGCACCAGACUGUCGCCAGGCUAGCACCUUGGCUUGUCUCCUAUAGUGGAACGAAGCACUGUAAUUGGCUGAGAUUCCACCUUAAUAUCCCUCUUCUUCCCAUCGUUGUCCUGAGCGAAUAUCUGACUCAUGGGAGAAAAACAUUGCUGACUGUUCUAAACAGUGACACCCUCCUUGAGUAUCAUUUACCCGGUGAAGGGCCUUUCUGGCCCACAGGUAUGCCAGAGUCUCUUUACCGCGGACCUCUAUACAGUGAAUUCGACACCAAUACUGUCACAGUAAACCUGCUGGUUUUGGAUUGCCUCAGUCUGUGUUGGACAGUCAAAAGCUCAUUAAAGCUGUCGAAGGCUUACUGGCCCAACGUCUUGCCUCAGUUUCUCACCACUGGACGAUGUAAAUUAUACACCACAGCAGGACAGAGGAGCCAUGUAUACAGUUGAAGUCGGAAGUUUACAUACACUUAGGUUGGAGUCAUUUAAACUUGUUUUUCAACCACU